AGCAGGCCAAGAGCUGAGUGUUGUUUAUUGAAAUUCUCUUCGCUUCGCCUUCUAGUAGCUGGGACAGCAACAGCUGGGGACUUGGGGGCCGGGCAGCUCACCGCUCAGACCCGUUCCAGGCGGGCGCAGAGCGCGGCCAAUGGGAGCCGGCUGGGCCUGGAGCGCGGCCAAUGGCAGCGGCCGGCGGACAAGAGCGCUCUUUAAGAGGAGGUGGGGCGCAGGCCCGGGAGCUGGUGCGCCGAGGGCAGGCUCGCCGACCGGUCGCUAUGUCCUUGCAGGCUGAUUUUGACAGAGCUGCAGAAGAUGUCAGGAAGCUGAAAUCAAGGCCAGAUGACGACGAACUGAAGGAACUAUACGGGCUUUACAAACAAGCUAUACUUGGAGACAUUAAUAUUGAGUGUCCAGCCAUGUUAGAUUUAAAGGGCAAGGCUAAAUGGGAAGCGUGGAACCUCCAAAAAGGGUUGUCGAAGGAAGAUGCGAUGAGUGCCUAUAUUUCUACAGCGAAAGAACUGAUAGAAAAAUACGGCAUUUAAAAUUCAGCAUGAGAAAUUUUUCUUUUUUGAAGCUUUCAUAAUGGUAUCGUGUCCUCACGUUUAUGGGGAAGAUGCACUGUUAACUCUAUGCAGCGUGGAUAUUUUUGCUAUUAUCAUGAAUUAGAAUACUUAAUUAGGAGUAUGCUGGAGCUACUUAGUUCGCGAAAUUCUUCUUUAAGUAGGUGACUAUAAACAUUCUUUCAGGAAGGUAUUCCUUGGGUAGUGUGUAUACAAAGAUUUAGCGAUUAUUUGUUCUCGUGGCUUAUCUGAUUGUCUACACCAACACAGUCAGGUAGUAUUAUUGGCUUAAUAAAAUCAGGUUAUUAAGGAUCAAUAACAAGACCACUCCUUUGUUACUGACGCAGAGAGUGGAGUCACAGACAUGCCUAGUUCUAGUCCUCACUCUGUGACCAACUUGCUGGGUGCCCUGGGUCAAGUCAGUUCACCUUACUAAGCCCCCACUGUAGAGGGAAAAUAACAUCACUCUUACAGAACUGCAGGAGAAAACCUUCUAAUAGGAAGGUAAUAACCCUACCUUCCUAUUACAGCAAAUGCUACAUAAAACACAACAAAUCGGGGGGUGCCUGUGGCUCAGUCGGUAAGGCGCUGGCCCCAUAUACCGAGGGUGGCGGGUUCAAACCUGGCCCCAGCCAAACUGCAACGAAAAAAUAGCCGGGCAUUGUGGCGGGCGCCUGUAGUCCCAGCUACUUGGGAGGCCGAAGCAAGAGAAUCGCUUAAGCCCAGGAGUUGGAGGUUGCUGUGAGCUGUGUGAGGCCCCAGCACUCUACCGAGGGCCAUAAAGUGAGACUGUCUCUACAAAAAAAAAAAAAAAAACAACAAAUCAGCUGAACAUGUUUUUUUUUUUUUUUUUUUUUUAAUUUUGUAAGUCCAUCUAUAGUGCCUGUGGCUCAAAGGAGUAGGGCCCCAUAUGCUGGAGGUGGUGGGUUCAAACCUAGCCCAGGCCAAAAACUGCAAAAAAAAAAAACAAGAAAAAAAAGAAAGAAAGAAAAAAACACCCAAGGAAAUAUCUACUGGUUUUCUUUAAGUUUUUAUGUUUAAGACAAAUAAAAAAACAACUAAAAUGUG